AUGGGAAUUGGGGAUCUCUGGAGAUCAGAGGGCCGCCCCUCAAUCGCAGCUCACGGAGCAGACGGGCGCUCAGGGUUAUUCCCGCGGAAAAACCGCUGCGUGCGUGUUUUCACAGGGGUCUGCUCCUCUGUGUGCGUGGCCACCGUGGUUUUCCUGUUACUCGUGGGAGUCUGCCUGCUCUACCUGCCGGAUGCAUUAGCGCCUGACCCGCUGGUUUCUCUCCCUGGGGAGAACAGCCCGGUGACGCUGCUGAUAUGGACGCAUCCAUUCGGUCAGUAUCGAGAACUUCCGGACUGCCUCGAGCUGUUUCAGAUAGACGGCUGCACGCUCACGGACGACGCGCUCAGGUACCCACAGGCUGACGCCGUGAUAAUUCACCACCGGGAGAUUGCCACUGGCUACGCCGAUCUCCCACCAGAACCGCGGCCACCUGCGCAAAAGUGGAUAUGGAUGAACUUCGAGUCUCCCACGCACACGCGUGGACUCUGGCUUUUAGGGGGUGUUUUCAACCUCACGAUGAGCUACCGGACAGACUCGGACAUUUUCCUACCCUAUGGGUAUCUGGUCCCCCGCGCGCGCACAGAGAGGGCUCUCCAGAAGAGCUUUGCGCAGCCGCUUCGCGGAUCUUACAGCUCCAAACUCCUGCGGUCACGCUUCGUGGCCUGGGUAAUCAGCAACUGGUCGGAGUCCCAGGCGCGCGUGACCUUCUACCACCAGCUGCGCCAAUACAUCCAGAUCGAUGUGUUCGGGCGCGCGGGCUCGCCGUUACCGACAGGCAGCGUGGUGCCGCUCGUCAAGCGGUACCUGUUCUACCUGGCGCUGGAGAACUCCCAGCACACCGACUACAUCACGGAGAAGCUGUGGAACGCCGUGCUGGCCGGUGCCGUCCCCGUGGUGCUGGGUCCAUCCAGGCAGAACUAUGAGCGUUUCCUGCCCCCCGAGGCCUUCAUCCACGUGGACGACUUCCCCUCAGUGGAAGAGCUGGCCCAAUACCUGCUGAUGCUGAGGCGGAGCCCGGCUCAGAUGAGACGGCACCUGGACUGGAGGAGGAGCUACGGCGUACGCCAGCCGACCUUCUUCAACGAGCACUACUGCACGGCCUGCAGGGCGGUGAGGAAGACCAGAGGCAGGACUAAUGUGGUCAGAGGCCUGACACGUUGGUUCCACUCGUGAAAACAUGCAUCACACCUCCAGCACCUGUUUGAAAUGAAUGAGAGAUAAGACUGUGAGAGGGGAAAGACUCA